AUGGCCUUCCAAACCUCGUCGAUUCCUUCGAAGGAUAUGGAUCUUGCGACAACAUGGGCGUUCCUCGAAGAGGGCGUCGACCACAUUAUGACCAAGCUUCAUACCGGUGUCUCGUACUCGAAGUACAUGGGCCUCUACACGGUAGCAUACAACUACUGCACAUCUUCGAAAAUGCCCAACACGACAACGGCAGACCUGUCUACGCCAGGGAGAACCGGCGCUAAUCUAGUCGGGUCUGACCUCUACAACAGCCUGAUUCGAUACUUUGUCCAGCAUCUACGAACACUACGCGAACAAUCUGAUACCCUUCAGCACGAGAAUCUAUUACGAUAUUAUGCUGGCGAGUGGGAUCGCUACACGAUAGGCGCAAACUACAUCAACCGCCUGUUCACGUAUCUCAAUCGGCAUUGGGUGAAGCGGGAAAGAGACGAAGGUCGCAAAGGCGUCUAUCCGGUCUAUACUCUUGCUCUUGUUCAAUGGAGGGCCAAUUUCUUCCUACACAUUCAGAACAAGCAGCAGAGACUCGCCGGAGCCAUCCUCCGCCUCAUUGAGGAGCAGCGGAACGGUGAGACCAUCGAUCAAGGUUUGGUGAAGAAGGUUGUCGAUUCAUUCGUGUCCCUUGGUAUCGACGAGGCGGACAUCAACAAGCAAUCUCUGGAGAACUACAAGGAACACUUCGAAACGCCGUUCCUCGAUUCGACCGAGAAAUAUUACACGCAGGAGUCUGAGGCAUUCCUUGCAGAGAACAGCGUGUCUGACUACCUCAAGAAGGCGGAGGAGCGUCUCCGCGAAGAGGAAGACCGCGUCGAGCGAUACCUUCACACUACGACGCGGAAGCUCCUCAUCAGCAAAUGUGAGCAUGUGCUGAUUCGCGAGCACGCGGAGUUGAUGUGGGAGAGCUUCCAGAGCCUGCUCGAUUAUGACAAGGACGAAGACCUGCAGCGCAUGUAUGCGUUGCUCGCCCGCAUUCCAGAAGGUCUGGAGCCUCUGCGUAAGAAGUUCGAGGAGCAUGUGAAGAAAGCUGGUCUGGCGGCGGUGGCAAAGCUCACAGGCGAGGGUGGUCCAGCGGUCGAUACCAUUGACCCUAAAGCAUAUGUUGAUGCUCUGCUUGAGGUCCACACAAAGAACUCCGAAACCGUCAACCGCAGCUUCAAGGGCGAGGCCGGAUUUGUUGCGAGCUUGGACAAGGCAUGCAGGGAGUUCGUCAACAAGAAUUCAGCGACUGGAACAUCGUCAUCCAAGUCACCUGAACUCCUCGCGAAGCACGCCGACGCUCUACUACGGAAAAACAACAAGAUGGCAGAAGAGGGCGAUCUAGAGGGUGCGUUGAACCGUGUCAUGGUCUUGUUCAAGUACCUCGAAGACAAGGAUGUCUUCCAGACUUUCUACACUACCAAGUUGUCCAAACGUCUUAUUCACGGUGUGUCAGCCUCGGACGAAGCAGAGGCCAGCAUGAUUUCGAAAUUGAAGGAGGCCUGCGGUUUCGAGUAUACGAACAAGCUCCAACGCAUGUUCACUGAUAUGAGUCUGAGCAAAGAUCUUACAGAUCAGUUCAAGGAGCGAAUGCAGCAGAAUCACGACGAUAUGGAUAUGAACUUUAGCAUCAUGGUUCUCGGAACAAACUUCUGGCCACAGAGCGCCCCGGCUGGCGACUUCCUCGUCCCCGCUGACAUCCAGCCUACGUAUGAGCGCUUCCAGAAGUACUACCAAAUGAAGCACUCCGGUCGGAAGCUCACUUGGCUCUGGAAUUAUUCGAAGAACGAGCUGAGGACGAACUACCUGAACCAGAAAUACAUCCUGAUGACGAGCUCAUAUCAGAUGGCAGUCUUGUUGCAAUACAACAAUAAUGAUACGUUGUCACUUGACGAGCUCGUCGCUGCCACCGCGAUCAGCAAAGAUAUCUUGACACAGGUCCUUGGCCUUCUCACCAAGGCGAGGGUUCUCAUCAGUGAAGAGACCGACCAAUACGACCUGAAUCCCAGCUUCAAGUCUAAGAAGAUCCGCGUAAACUUGAAUCAGCCAAUUAAAGCUGAGGUCAAGGCAGAGGCGACCGAUGUCUUGAAAACCGUGGAUGAAGAUCGGAAAUACGUCAUUCAAGCUACCAUCGUUCGUAUCAUGAAAGCGCGAAAGACAAUGAAGAACCAACCUCUCAUCCAAGAGGUCAUCUCGCAGAUCUCACAACGCUUCACGCCAAAGAUUCCCGAUAUCAAAAAAGCGAUAGACACGUUACUAGAGAAGGAGUAUAUCGAGCGGGUAGAUGGCUCACGGGACGCUUUUGCCUACGUCGCAUGA